AUGGCAGCCAAAGCAGCAGACUAUCAACCAGUGGAGAGAUAUAGUCACUCCACUGUACGGGUAGGAGGCUACCUGUACAUGUGGGGUGGGGCCCAGCCUGGUCUCCCUGAAGAUAGAAGAGAAAUAGACCGUCUGACACGUGUACUACAAGAAAGGGAAAGGGAACUAGAGGAGGAGAGAAGAGAAAAGGAACAAGUUAGAAAUAGACUACAGCAACAACUUCAAGGAAGAGAACGACAACUUCAACAAGCACAGCAACAAGGACAAGAAAGAGAGAGGCAGGCCAGAGAACGAGAACAGGAUCUUCAACAACAGCUUCAAGAAAAGGAGAAACAAGUUCAACAAGCACAAGAAAGAGAGAGGGAAAUUCAACAACAACUUCAAUCAAGAGAGAGGGAAUCUCAAGAAAGAGAGCGACAGCUUCAAAGGCAAGUAGAAGGUGGCCAGCAAAGAGAACAGGAUCUUCAACGACAGCUUCAAGAAAGAGAGCAACAGCUUGAGGAAAGAGAGAGAGAGUUCCAAGAAAGAGAGAGACAACUUGAAGAGCAGAUACAAGUGGCAGAGUCUUCCUGGGUAGUGAAUAGAAGAGAGAUUAGAAUGACAGGGGUAGUCCUUGGUAAAGGAGGAUGGGGAGAGGUGAAAGUAGCUGGUUUUCGUGGUCUGAAGGUUGCUGCAAAGUGUCUCUACGAAGUCAUCAUCUCUCCUUAUAACAUUGGGACAUUCUCUCGAGAAAUGAAUAUUGCUUCUAAAAUACGUCAUCCUAACCUCCUUCAGUUCAUAGGAGCGACUACAGAGGGUAAUCCAAUGAUCCUGACAGAG